GUCUGGUGCUAAGCGCCCCAUCACAAGGAUUAUUCUCACUUGCGUAAGUGUUUGAGCACUCAGUGCUGUGUGAAGAACUCCAGCUGCACACAUGUCUCCCUGUUCAACACUAUUGCAUGGACUCACACUCUACUGCUGCUGGGUACUGCUGCCACUUUUUAUAACACAAGCUUAUUCGCUGCAGUGUUAUGCCUGUAACAUCCAGGGCCAGAGAUAUGUAGAUGUGGGCUGUUCCAGUCCUGAAGUCAUCACCUGCACCCAUUUCUACAGAGGCUUUAAGCAGCGUUUCUGCAUCAGAACCGAAAGCAUUGCUUUAGGGAUGGUACUCACCAGUGGAUGUGCUACAUCCCGUCACUGCCACACAGAGGAACUUCCAGGAGUGAAAAUACAUUGCUGUGACUCAGAUCUGUGUAACUGUGCUCCCCGGCAUCAAAAAUCAUUAACAUCACACACACUUUACUUAAUAAUGGCUUCCUUUUUCAUAUUGUGGCUCCAACUUUAAAGCAAGAAAAGAAAAGAAAUGUGAGGACAGAGGAGCAUAAGAAUUUGUCCUAGCAUUUGUCCAAGAAAAAUCCUGGAAAUCCUGCACAAUAUCUUUAGAUCUUUCUCCUUUCAAGUGUUGUCUUUGCUUUGCACGUUUUCUUAUUUCUUUUAAUUUGAUUCUUAAUGGCAAAUAAAUUUUGAGGUAUAUAAUUAUGCUUAUAUUUUCCUGUGUAUGCAUUUUUAUGUUUAUUUUAUAUAUGGAAAUGGUCAUAUGUGGGCUAAUUCUGACAUGCUUUA